UGACAGCGGGGUGGGUGCCUGCGCCGCGGCUCAGCCGAGCCCUUCCAACCCUGUCGCUUAGUCCUUUUCUCUUAAAUCGCCUCAUUUUCCCCCCUCCCCUGGCGUUUUCCUCCCCUCAGGUCACCGCUGCCCAAGCCGAGCACUCCCGUUACCCGUGCCUUGCCCCUCUCUUGUUUUACCCACCGUGGUUAGCAACUUAGAAGACAAAAAAAAAAAAAAAAAGAGGCAAUGUUCAGCUUUUUCCGAAAAAAUCAAGAUUCAAAGAAGGUUACAGUGCCAGAGAGAGAAGCAGAUGGAUUUGUUAUUGUGGGUGACACAAUUGAUGAUCAAAGAAGAGAGUCAAAGGAUAAAACUUCAUUUCCAGAGACCAGGCCGAUGUACAACCAACCUCCACAGAUAAAUACAGGGCACCGAUCGCAGUCAACUGGGUCAAGUGCAGAGGAGGCAAAUGAGAGGAGCCAAAAUUUGGAGAGCAGCCCUUUCAUGUCAGACCUUCUGAGUGAUGUCCCCUUUGCCCUAGCACCACAUGUGUUAGCAGUCCAGGGCAUCCACAGUGAUGUUCCUGACCGAUUGCUCACCUACGACAUCAAUGAUAAUUUAUCAAGAUUUUGGUAUGACUUUACACUUGAAAAUUCAGUGCUUUGUGAUCCUUAAUGUUUUCUUUAUUGUUACUCUGUGUGUCAAGGAGCAAGUCUUGAGGUGAAGAUCAAGACUUACUUUACUCCACUUAGAAUUUUGGGGGUCUGCCACUGAUGUAUCAGAUGGAUUGGGUCAGGAACAUUAUUAUUCACAAUGGUGGUGUAUUUUUAGCUUUAAGUGAACUCUAACUUACAAUGUAAACAUUCUGUUUAUCCCCAAAGAAAUUAAGCAAAAGUGCUUCAGCCCUAGUAGGAGACUGGCUGUUGCUAUCUACUUCCAGUAGUUAAGCUGCAUACACAAACAUUUCAUAACUUUAAGGUGAAGUUUACACAUCUGUGCUGUUUCAUUAUUUCACUCAGAUACUAAACACAUAGAUCCUGUUACACAUUUUUUUCAGAUCACCUCUGAUUUUCUACAGAUAGAAACCAGUAUUAACACUAAAGCAACACUGCUUCCCAUGACUGGACAGACAAGUUUCCAGCUAAACCAAGCUUUAAAACUCAGAGUUAAAAGUGAAUACUUAAUUAAUUAUGAAGACUUAAUAGAAUUUUCUUAAGUUACCAAUUUCAAGGUGAAAAUCUGUUGCUUUGCUCCCUUUCCAGUAGAUGGGAUUUUUGUCCAUCUCAUUGUGUGCCUUGAGAGGUCCUCCCUGCCUGCCUGCUGGCUGCUGUUUGUUCUCAUUACCACAUGUGUUCCUGAUUUACACACAGAUCAGCUUUUCCACUUUAACCUCUUUGCCCCCUGAAGAAGCAAAUCUCAGGACACCUACUUUUAAUGGUCACACCCUUCUUUUUUUAAUUUGUGUGCCAGAGAUACAGAUGGCAAUGUUUAACAACAGGAAAACAUUACAUUGUUCCUUAUCCAGCUAAAUUAAAUGGCUAAGUACCUAAACAUGCAUUCUCACAGACCACUGUGUUCCCUCCUCACAAACUUUGCCCGUGACUUUCCCGACUAAAACCAGAGCUGCUCUUGCGUGAGCAACAGCUCUUUGAUGGAACUUCAUGAUUUGUCAUGAAUAAUGAUCUGUGUCACACAGAAAACUACACUUGUUUUCUCUUGGGGUGGAAUAUUUAUAUUGUGCUAGGUGUUAGUGGAUAUUUUCAUAUAUUUUCUAUGCCCAGUGAUAGCUUAAAAUACGUAUGUUUUCUGACUUGCAUCCUCUUACAGCAUUUGAGGUUAAUACUGUAGAUAAUGGAGAAAUUACAUUGUGAAUAUGUCUCAGGUUGUUAAAUAUUCAUGGUUUAGGUUUUUAAAAAAUGUAUGUAUUUAAUAUUUUGACAACUGUGUUCGUAAGUGCUUUGAACUUAUUGUUUCAGGGAAAGUGUUACACUCUAUUACAAAAUGCUAAGUAAUAGUGAGUUAUUUUCAAUGUGUGAGAGCAAUUGCUUGACAUGACUUAUAUUUACUCUAGCUUUGACUUCUCAGAGUUUAUGGGAGCCUGAACUUGGAAAUUCAAAGUCAUUUUAGUAUCGUUUAAAAAUUGGGGUUCUUCUAAGGAAAUAUACCCCUCUUUCAUCUGAUGUAUUCCGUGUGCUGCGUUGGUGUCUUGUGAUGGUUUAGGUGACAUCCAUGACUGAGAAAAGUAAGCUGUGAGCUGGGAAGUACUCAAACCUCUUGGAAGGAAGAAUUAAUUUUACCAAGUUGUCUAGAACUGGUUUGUGUGCUGAGUUUUCCAGUUAACAUGUAACUGAACCACUAAAUUUAGUUUUCAUGAUUGUGAUUGCUUUAUGCUUAAUCAUUAAAGAAUUACCCAUUUUGUAAAUAGCUUGCUUUCAUUCAGAUUGUCCAUUUAAAAUCUGAAGUGUUUCUGCAGCUCAGCUUGAAGCAGAACUGCAAAACCCUCUUGUAGAGCCAACAGACUCACUAUACUUGUUCUUUUCUUCCUAGCUAACAUGGCAAAUAUUUUUUUUUAUUCAGUUGUUGUUCAGAGAUAGAGUAUUUAGCUAAAAUCACAUCUUGUCAAAAUCACACUGUCCUUUCAAAAGAAAAGAAGAGACAAAGGAGGAUGUGAGGAGGUUGUAUUCACUUAUGAUGACAAAUACAGAUAGUAGGUUAAACAUUUGGCUGUAUCCUUAACCAGAUUCUGUGAAGGGUAAAAUUUACACCUGGCAAGAGUACUAUUAAUGAACACUGAAAAUGUGUCUUCUGACUGCCCUCUCUUUAGCAAGGGCUGGAGCUGAAAGCUCUUCCUUGCUUGACAUCAUCAAUAAAAAGUGGAUUGAAGCCUAAUGGUAUCCAGACAACAAAAGUGAAUUCUUCCCACUGGGGUAAGAAAAAAAAACACCCUUAAACUGCUAUAAAUCAGUAAGAUUUAUAGACAUUACGAUUUGCCUACUAAUAACAUGAAAAUGGCACAAAAUGUCCAGUAAAAUAGAGAUUUCAAAGAGUCUGAGCUCAUAUAAAAAUGUGAAUUCCUUGUGUAAGAUACAUUUAACAUCACUUGCUAAGUGAUUAUUGCAUAGGAUAUGUGUCAAUAUCUGUGUAUCUGCCACAGUCAGCAAAUACUGGGUGUUUCUGUAUACCAUCAUUCAAACAUUUGAGCACCUGUUAAGGGAUUUAGUUGUUUUUUCUUUUUAUGUACAUACUAUUAAAAUAUAACCAAUGUUGAUAUCAAAAUGGGAAUCCGCUCUUUUUAUGUGUUCUAUAUGUAAAAAGGAGAAUUUUGAUAGAACUGUUUGCCCUGUGUUAUGCACGUGAAUGUAAAUUGGAUAACAGAACUGAAAUGCCAUAUUAUGAAUGUCAAAAUUAAGAGCUUUGUCACUGCCAUCAGUGGCCAUACUAGGAGGCCUGCUUUCCUUUAUUAAAUGGUUUAUUUAGAGUCAAUUCAGUUCAUGAGAGAUUCUGAGUUUUGUUUGCAGCUCUCUCCAUUUUCCUUGGAGGAGAUAUACCCUGUGCUGUGUGCUA